ACUACCCUGCAGACCCCAGAAGAAAAAACAUCGCACAACAGUAAUGUGGUAGGAGGUCUUUGGCAAUUUUGGCAAUUUUUGAUUAAAAAAAAAAAAAGUCAGUCCUCCCUACGGACUCUACAGCUCACUUCCACCGGGUAAACAACCAAGAGCCGAGCAGGUCCCGUUUUGAACUGACGAUAAUUGUGUGACUUUAUAACUUCACACAGGUAAUGUCUUUGGAAACUUGAGAGAGAAAUAAUUAAUUAUAAUUAUUAUAUGUGAGAAAAAAUCAUCACAAUCUGCCCAGUCCCCCCUACCGACACUACUGCGCACUCUGUCCGGAAAACAGCCUCCGUCUCCCGCAGUAAAAGCCAGUGUCUUUGCAGUGGAAUGAGGAUGUGGAGUCUUCAAAAUCUGUCAUUUAUCCUGUGCAUUGUUCUGAGCUGUGCGACCAGUGCAACACAGAAGAUCCAUUUGUUUGUAUAUGAAGGGAGAGAAGUUAAUGUUUCUUGUUCUUAUGGAGAGGGAUAUGAAUCUUAUGAGAAGUACUUGUGCAAGAAUGACUGCAGAAACAAUGACGUUCUUAUUACAACGACAGAAACAAAGAAAGGCAGAUACUCCAUCCUUGAUGACAAAGAGAGACGAGUCUUCACAACGACCAUCUCUGAUCUGAGUCUUACAGAUGCUGGGAAAUACUGGUGUGGGGUGAGCAGGACUGGAAAGGAUAUCUACACUGAAGUAAGGCUGAAAGUAGGAAAUGAUACCUGCUGUGACCGAUCCAACAAAGUCCAAAGUUAUGAGACAGGUUCAGUGUCCUUCAGUUGUCCGUAUAAGUCUCAGUACCAGGAAAACUUGAAGUACAUCUGCAGAGGAAACCAGCUCUCCACAUGUCUGCAGCAGGCUGUAGUCACCUCUGACAGGCAACAAAAUGGACAGUUCAGACUUACUGAUGACAAGGAGUCGAGACAAUUCACAAUGACAAUAACCAAUUUGACCCAGAGGGAUUCUGGGUCAUACCUAUGUGGUGUCCAUAGAAACACUGGUCUGGAUGUUUUCUCUGCUGUUGAACUGGAGGUCAAAGAGUGGUGCUGUGUGAAGACAAGUAAACUGAGCGGCACCGUGGGCUGUCAAGUUAAUAUGCAGUGUCCCUACCCACCACAACACAGAGAUAACAGGAAGUUCCUCUGUAAGGGUGACCAACGCAACAACUGCACAAAUAUGGUGACGAACGGAAGCAGGUUCACACUGCAAGACGACGUCGCUUCAAGUUCUUUCUUGGUGAUGAUCACAGAGCUGAAAGCAGGUGAUGCUGGGACAUACUGGUGUGGUUCGGACUCACAGUGGAGUGCUAAUAACUACACCAAGAUUCAACUGUCAGUAGUCUUAGAGACCAGCACUGUGAUCUCUACCAUUGCUGCGGAGGACCCUGUUGAAUCUGAAACAACACACACCCCAGGAAACGACAUCAAGGAUGCAGCACGCUUUCGCUCUGUGCUUUUUAUUGUGCUACCUAUUCUCAUUCUGAUGAUCACUCUGAGUAUAGUUUAUAGAUACAAAUGUCACAAAGUAACAAGAGCUGGAGUCAACAUGGACAGAAACAAAACUAAGUCAGCAGAGGAAGUCGCGCCAUCGCAUUAUGAAAAUCCAGAUGCUGCUGUAGAGCAGAGGGACUCCGAACCACAGAGGUCCUACAAUCACCAUGAAGAUAUAGUUAAAGACCAACAAGACUCUGUGUACCAAAACCUCUCUGCAACAGAAGAUAUUUGCUGUGAUUCAAUUUACAUUAACACCUUGAAUGAAUAGCAACUGUGAUCCAACCUUACAUUUUUAUGUCACACUUGUACCCAAAUUUUCUUGUUUCUGCCCUGUUUUUAUCUUAAACAGCUGAUAAACACAUAUUCAUAUAUCACUGUUGUCUAACAUUUUCAUUGUCUGACUGACAACUGCAGUAACAUGAUUAUUUAACAUUUUUGCUUUUACUUUUACUCUUACUAUGAUUGCUUAUCGGUAAUUGAACCAUCACUUUAACUCGCCUGCACUUUUUGUAAGAAAUUGUGGUUAACCAUUUCAGCUAAAUAUAACAUGUAUAUGUAACCUUUGUUAAAGUGAUAAACAAUAAACAAACAAA